AUGGCGACCACUGCGUGCGGGGACCAACAGCUGCGGUGCACCGCGUGCGACGUCAUUGAGAGCGACACGAGCGGCACCCACUUGCACGUCUGCACCAGCUGCCAACUUGUGGUACACGAGACCUGUUACGCGGAUACAGUGCACGUCGUUGAGACGAAUAGAACGAGCACGAGAGUGGACGAAAGCGCUCCGGAGAGUUCAGACUGGAGGUGCGACUGCUGUCGACGAGGAGUCCAGCGGCAAGAGGUCCAGUGCGUGUACUGCGGGAAAACUGGAGGCUCUCUGAAGGAGGUGGUGGAGACGGGCGACGACGACGCCGAGUUUUUUUGGGGUCGAUACGCUCAGUUUCGACACGAUAGUGACACUGGCAUGAAGGAAGUGGUACAGUUUGGGCACGUGCUGUGCAUGAUGUGGGACCCGCGUCGCUUGGCUGCGCACGUGGUGAAGGAGAGCAAGAUUGGACUUGUCGAGAGAGGAGGGUCAAAGAAGGAGCUUGCAAAGGAAGCGGCAUCGGACGCGAGCAGUAAGGAAGUGGAGACCAAGACAGAGGAGCGUAUCGAGCAAGACGUUGACGAGGUUGUGCCGGGUGUCAAGGAAGUGUUGAUGCGAGAUCUGCUGCCGUCUGGUGACUGCUGCUUCUGUAACUCGAGUCGUGGCGUCCGGAUACAAUGUCGCCGAGUCCGCUGCAGCCGCGAAUUCCACGUCAUGUGCGCGCACGAAAGAAAUGGCCACGUCGAGCUUCGAACUGGUCACAUCAUGCAGUUUCAUGCGUACUGCGACCGUCAUCGCGAGUGUACUGAGGACAUUGGCGACUUGUUGGCCAAGUUGAUCACGCGCCCCAUUCGGCUGCUUAUCGGUCGCGACGAUAUGCGUCGAUUCGGCACAAUUGCAAAGCAUCUCCCUGAUUACGACAGUGCUGCUGCCGUGAUACGCGAUCUAGCAGCCCUGAUGGUUGGCUAUUGCGACAAAGGCCUGCGUGCUAGCAAGAGUGAUCCGCCUGACUACAACGUUAAACACUUGCAGGUACUGCAGUUCUUCUUGAGCCAUGUGCCACAGCUCGAAAAGGUGUACGCACUCCCAUCGACGCCUGCACAGAAGCUUGUUGACGACACGAGACUAUUUCGUUGUCUCGAACGAGCGUUCGAUCCACCGGGAUACUUGGCCCAGUUUCCUGGACUCUUCAGUCAGCAAUACACUUGUGCCGUGUGUCUGGAUCCUUUCCACGAGCGACAGCACUUAUUUUACUGCACCGGAGAAGCAGAGUCCGUGAUCCCGCACGUUCAGCACUGGCGAUGCACAAAGCGCCGAUUGAGCGCUCGCGAGCUUGAAAGCUCUCUCGAAGUGGAAGGAAGCACGGGUGUGACAAAACCGCGAACGACAAUUUUGAUUGUGCAGGAUGGAGUGCGAAAGGACAUAGCGAUACCAAGUGGCCUCACGAGUGUGACCGGUGGUGUCAUUUGCGGUGUCUGUGAUGCUCCGGUUGAUGCACGUGGUCUACUAGGGUCUUGCAAGGAGGAGGCGAGACGAUUGGAUUUCGAGAAGAAAGAGAGCAAAUUUGUGCGGGACGGGUGCUACAUCAAUCCUGUUGGUGCCAAAAGCCACGGCUACGGAACUAGUGCUUCGCCACGCAAACCAGCAAGAUCGACUGACGGCAAAUUACACGGCAGCUCGACAGGUCAGCACGCAGCGGCUCAGCAAGUAAUGAGGCCCCCGAAGAUGGAUCGGAUCAAUGUCCAGCGAACGACAAAGUGGCUUACCUGUGUAGCUCGCAUCAUCCGCCUUGUCGGUGCAGCAGCGUCCAACAUCGAACCAGCCUCCGGUCCUGCUUCAGCUACUGCUCCCAAGGCAAGCAAUGGUAAGGUCGCGUCCAUUGCUGCUGCACCUUCCGUUACGCACAGUGCACCUGCGUCAAACGAGGCUAGUUCGACCAAGCUACCGCCAGCAACAACGGUCACGUCGACAUCUGGGACUCCUACAACAGCAACAUCGACUCAGGAGCAGUGCGGUCCGUUCACCGUCAAAGCGGAGAACCAGAACUCUCUACUACCUGCUUCUGCCACGACGGCCACCGAGCCGCCUUCAGUGCCGAUAAGGAAGGAGCUACCUUCGGUCAUAACGCCAGCUGUUCAAGCACAGUUCGACGAAGUGAUGCGCCUUGUACGCCCGUACGAUUCGUAUGCGCUCAGCAAGUUAGAGACUGCAUACAGCAUGCUUCUUCGUCGCAACGGCCCUGGCGUUGCAGUAUUGCGCAUGUUCACGCACGAAUACACUCGUUUCGUGUACAUCAAGCACACACGCGCCGUUGAGAAGGCCCGCAACGAAAAGCGCAAGCGUGCCGAGCAUGAGGCGCAGGAGAACCGUGCGAAGGAGCGGAAGCGCAUGGAUCUUGAGGCGGAGCAGGCACUGAAACAACAAAUGCUGGCACUGCGCAACAAACAGCGACAGCACGUCAAAGCUCCCCCCAUGUCAAAGUGA